AUGUCUUUGACACCUCUUGCUUCACCUUUACCUGUUAAAAGUGAAGAAUUAAUUUGUCUUUGGGAUCAAUGUCUUCGUACUUUUGACGAUCCUGAAUUACUUUAUGGUCACUUAGCCCAUGACCAUGUUGGUCGCAAAUCAACUGGUAACUUGUGCCUUAGUUGUCAUUGGGAUAAAUGUGAAGUGGUAACCACGAAAAGAGAUCAUAUCACUAGUCAUUUAAGAGUUCAUGUCCCUCUUAAACCGCACGUCUGUGAAAUUUGUAAAAAAGCUUUUAAACGUCCUCAAGAUUUAAAGAAACAUGAAAAGAUUCAUACUGAUCAACAUCAACAAGCGAUUACAAUGGGAAGAAUUAAUAGAGCAAAAACUCUUCAACCACCCACUCCGCCUCAUUAUUCUUCUUCCUCUGAACAUUCACCCUCAAUAUCUUCUGCUUCUUCACCUCAUCAUAUUCCUCUUUCACCCGGUAACAGUGUAACAUCUGAAUUAAAUAAUAAUGAUUAUUUACCAUCAAACUAUGAAAAUUAUGAUGUUUAUUCCCAACUUGCUAAUGGGGAAUUAUAUGACUUUACAAAUAAUUAUUUAAUGGAUUCUACGACCGGUUUAAAUAAUUAUAAUCGUACUAGUAAUAAACGUAGUGUUGAUAUGUUUGAUGGUUUCGUUCAAGACGUUAAAAGGAAACGAAUUGAACCUCAUUACAAUGAUGUAUUGUUUAGGAAAUUGGAGGAUUUAUCCAAAGUUAUUGAUCAAAAUGGAUUAGAGUUUGAUUCACUUCCAUCUCUUAAUACUAAAGAGGAUUUUAAUGAAAUCAAUGACUUUUUCGCUAGUACCUUGAAAGAAAUUAGUCCUGAAUUCAUAUUGAAUGAACUUACUUUGGGUUUAACUAAUUCUUAUAAUUCAAAUGUUCAAUUAAUGCCUCUUCCUCUUAAUACUUAUUCAGCUGAUGCUGAUGCGAGUGCCUAUUUAAGUUUAGAUGAUAAUAAUACCGUUGAUAAUGGUUUAUAUUCUUCUAAUUAUCCUACAACUGUUAACAAUCCCGUUGUAACUUCAAGUAAUUUACAUGAUGGUGCUUAUCAAACUGCUUUAUCAAAUAUUUCUCCAACUACUUCAACUAUUUAUAAUCCCAAUAAUAUUCCAUCUCCACCGGAAGAUUCAAAAUAUUCUUGGAAUGCAAUGAACUUGAUGUAUGUGCCUGAAGUAGCUAAUCCAAUUACUUCCACCACCUCUACUACGACACCUACUUUACCUUCUCAAAUGUUUCCUGCACAAUCUCUUGUUUUUGCUUCUGGAGGUUAUGAAAAUCCUGUUUCAUUACCUCAUACAUCGGAAUAUAUCAAUAUGGAUCCCGAGUUGACCCCUCGUCAAAAACGUGUUGAAAUUCAAACUAAAGCAAAUAAUACUCCAUCCAAACCUUCUUUACAAGAAGCAAUUUCGAAGAUGAACAAAAAUCGUGCGAGCACCCCUACUGCAGAAAAUAAUAUAUCACAAGGGAAAAGUACUAGUUCUAGAGAAAAUGGAGAGAAGAAUGUAAAAUCAAGUGGAAUUAUGACAAAGACUUCUCUUCAAAUCAAUCAAGAGGAAGUUAUGGUGGGGAAGGAUAAAACAGAAGAGAUGAAUGUUACUAUGGAACAAUUAUCCAAGAACUUAUAUGACCUCGAGAUAAGAGAGGAUGAUAAUCCCGUUACUCAAGUUGAAAAUAAUGAAUCAAGAGCUAAGCAUGGUGAUUGA